CUCUGCUUCAACAUACUACAAUAAACACUAUGGUCAUGAUAAAUCAAAUCUCAAAAUCAAAUCAUUUCCAGGUAACAAUUAAGUACCUGGUAUACACAUACAAAGUAUUCAGACUCAUUCCCCUUUUCCACAUUUAGUUACUUACAGCCUUAUUCUAAAAUGGAUUAAAUUAAAACAAAUCCUCAUCAAUUUACAUUAUACCCCAUACUGACGAAGUGAAAACACGUUUUUAGAAUUUUUUGCAAACGUAUUAAAUCUUAUAAACAGAUACCUUAUUUACAUUAGUAUUUAGACUAUUUGCUAUGAGACUGGAAAUUGAGCUCCCGUGUAUCCUGUUAACAUUGAUCAUCCUUGAUGUUUCUACAACUUUAUUGGAGUCCACCUGUGGUAAAUUCAAUUGAUUGGACAUGAUUUGGAAAGGCACACACCUGUCUAUACUGUAGGUUGACCGAUUGAUUUUUCAAUGCCGAUACCGAUUAUUGGAGGACCCCAAAAAAAAGCCGAUACCGAUUAAUUGGCCGUUUUUUAUUUUUUAUUUUUAAACAUUUGUAAUAAUGACAAUUACAACAAUACUGAAUGAACACUUAUUUUAACUUAUAUAUAAUAAUAUAAUAUAAUACAUCAAUAAAAUCAAUUUAGCCUCAAAUAAAUAAUGAAACAUGUUCAAUUUGGUUUAAAUAAUGCAAAAACAAAGUGUUGGAGAAGAAAGUAAAAGUGCAAUAUGUGCUAUGUAAGAAAGCUAACAUUGAAGUUCCUUGCUCAGAACAUGAGAACAUACGAAAGCUGGUGGUUCCUUUUAACAUGAGUCUUCAAUAUUCCCAGGUAAGAAGUUUUAGGUUGUAGUUAUUAUAGGACUAUUUCCCUCUAUACCAUUUGUAUUUCAUAUACCUUUGACUAUUGGAUGUUCUUAUAGGCACUUUAGUAUUGCCAGUGUAACAGUAUAGCUUCCGUCCCUCUCCUCUUCCCUACCUGGGCUCGAACCAGGAACACAUCGACAACAGCCACCCUCGAAGCAGCGUUACCCAUGCAGAGCAAGGGGAAUAACUACUCCAAGUGUCAGUCUGUUGGUGGUGUCGUCCAGUGAGGCUGUACCAGUGGAGCAGUUCCUCAAGCUGUCUCAGGAGCAGCACAUGAUCCAGCACAAUGGAGAGUACACCAACCCCAAGUGGUUCAUCCCCAACACACUCAAAUACUACGUCCUCCUGCAUGACAUGAGCCAGGGGGACGAACAGAGAGCUGACUCUGUGUAUGAGGAUAUGAAGCAGCGGUAUAGUUCUCAGGGUUGUUACCUUCUGAAGAUCAACUCUCGUACAGCUGCAGCAGGAACAGAUGAACAGAUACCGGACCCAUGGAGCCAGUACCUUAACAAGAGCAGUCUGCAAAGCCAGGAUCAGUCUGAGGAGCCAGCCCCAACCCCUGUAGUGGUGAACAACACGGCUGUAGAGAACAACAUAGGAGGAGCACCCGAGAUGGACGGAGCACCAGAGAUGGACGGACAUGACUCAGCAGAGAAUGACGGAGUCUCUGUAAACAGUCUGGACAACACCCACCCUCUCCAGCUGGAGGCUGCCAUUGACAUGCCCGGUAACCUGGACUCCCUCAGUGCCGUCGCCGCUGAAACCAAGACUACGACAGUCUACACAGGAGUGGCGGCGGGCACCAGCCAUGGGGCAUGUCUUACGCUGAAUGACCACAACCGCCUAAGACUAUUCAUCCAGGAAUUUACCUUCAGGGGACUACUCCCUCACAUAGAGAAGAACAUCAGACAGCUCAAUGACCAGCUGGUCUCCAGGAAAGGCUUGAGUCGCUCUCUGUUCUCAGUCACUAAGAAGUUGUUUGGAGGAGGGAAAGUUCCAGAGAAGAGUAUCGCUGAGCUGAAGAACACUUCCGGCCUUCUCUAUCAUCCAGAAGCCCCUGAGCUGCAAAUCAGAAAGAUGGCUGACCUGUGUUUCCUGGUUCAGCACUAUGAGCUGGCCUACAGCUGCUACCACACGGCCAAGAAGGACUUCUUAUCUGACCAGGCCAUGCUCUAUGCCGCUGGAGCGCUGGAGAUGGCAGCAGUGUCUGCGUUUCUCCAGGGUGGGGCUCCACGGCCGUAUCCAGCACACUAUAUGGACACGGCAAUUCAGACCUACAGAGAUGUGUGCAAGAACAAGGUCCUAGCUGAGCGUUGUGCUCUGUUCAGUGCUGAGGUACUGAAGAGUCAGGCCAAGUACUCUGAUGCUGCUACCCUCCUCAUCAAGAUGACCAGUGAGGAUUCUGAUCUGUGUUCUGCCCUCCUAUUGGAGCAAGCAGCCCACUGCUUCAUUAACAUGCGAAACCCCAUGGUUAGGAAGUUUGCCUUCCACAUGAUCCUGGCAGGACACCGCUUCAGCAAGGCAGGACAGAAGCGUCAUGCAUUGCGGUGUUACUGCCAGGCCAUGCAGGUGUAUAAGGGUAAAGGCUGGUCCCUGGCUGAGGACCAUAUCAACUUCACUAUCGGCCGCCAGUCCUUUACGCUGCGCCAACCAGAGAACGCUGUCUUAGCCUUCAGACACAUCCUCACCAACGACAGCCAGCAGACCGCCACACAGCAGGGAGCCUUCCUCCGGGAGUACCUCUAUGUCUACAGGAAUGUGCCAGGGUUGUGUGAGGUGGCACUACCCCAGCUGCCCCUACCCUGCAUCAACAGCUCUGCUACCAGGGUCUACUUUGGCCACGAACGCCGCCUGGCAGAGGGUGAGAAGCAGGCUGCCACCCAUGUGUCCUUGGACCAGGAGUUCGACCAGGACCUCGCUGCCGUGUGGCAGGACCUCGAGGAACAGUUGGUUGCCGCCGCCAACCGUGGGGUUGUCCCGUCAACGUUCUACCCUACCCAGUGCUGCCUCAACAGUCAAACAGACAAUCUCCACUUCCCGCUGGCUGUAGUAGAAGAACCCAUCAUAGUUGAGGUGGCGUUCCGGAACCCUCUAAAGGUUCCGCUGGUUCUCUCAGACCUCUCGCUGCUCUGGAAGUUCACGCUCAAAGACUUCUCUCGACCACAACCGCAGGACGUCAUGGUUGGAGACGCUGUCACCAUCACCAAUGAGAAGGAAGCCAUCGCUCCCAGGACAGUGCAGAAAGAUAGCAUCAUCACCACAGAAGUCAUCCCAGAGUUCUUCAUGAACCCCGAGGAGACAAGAGUGGCUCGUCUGAAGCUAAUUCCUCGCCAGACUGGUCAGCUCACCAUCCUGGGUCUAGUCUAUAACCUGGCCUCCACCCCUUCUACUGGAGACUAUACUAUUAACAGCAACAGAGGUCCCUCAGCGACUGCGGGGACAUUGGUUCGUGGUCGACAGGACCUAGAGAUUCAGGGACCGCGGUUAAACCAGACCAAAGAGGAGAAGACCUCUGUCAGCCACGGUCCUGACCGACGUCUUGACCCCACCAUCACCCCUCCCAUGCCCCUGCUGGAGGUAUUCUUCAUCCAGUUCCCUACUGCCCUACUAUGCGGUGAAAUCAGGAAGGCCUACGUAGAAUUCUGUAAUGUGAGUCACGUUCCCCUGUGCGGCCUGCGGGUGGCGUCCACGCACCCAGACUUCUUUACCUUCGGAAGCUCCUCCCUAGCCACACCCCUCACCCCCCUCAGCCCCACCUCCUUUGAGAACUGCUCUGCCUACAAGACCCUGGCCACACCCCCAGGAGCCACGCCCGGGUCGGUAACCGCGGUAACGCUAGUGUCGGCCGCUGACUUUGGGUCGGGAGUAGUGUCUGGUACGGGGGGUAAAAGGGUAGCAGAGAUCCCUCUAGGAGAGGGAACGCUAAUGCCUGGAGAAUCUACCCAGCUGCCCCUGUGGCUAAGAGGACCAGACCAGGAAGGAGUCCAUGAGAUCAACUUCCUGUUCUACUACGAGGGCGCCGAGAAAGGAGGAAAGAUCAGUCACAGGGUGCUGCGUCACACAGUAUUUAUCUGUGCCAGUCGUUCUCUGUCGGUCCGGGCCACCGCCUGCCAUAGUAACACACUGCCCGAGGAGGAGGGGAGGAAUGGCAGCAUGCUGGUCUUUGUCGAUGUGGAGAACAUCAACACAAGUGAGGCUGGGGUGCGUGAGUUCCACAUUGCUCAGGUCUCUAGCAGCAGUAAACAGUGGAGACUACACAAGUGUAUAAACCCAGCAGAAAACAAAGACUGCAAACUCACCACCAGAGAGAGGGGCAAGCUGUGCUUCAGAGCAACACGAUGCAAACCCCACGAAGCUACCUCAAAGUCACUAGAGAAGUACACCUUUGCAGACCUGAGCCUUGGAAAUGAACAGAUCAUCAGCUCCACCACUCCGUGUGCAGACUUCUUCUUCCGGAGGUGUCAGCCCUCGGAGUCUUGGAGACCGCUUAUUGCUGUGGAGACACAGGGGAGACAUUUCAGGAGUCAGGGGGCGGGUCCUGGGGGUGGGGCUGAGGAUAUAACAGGUGUGGUCAGGAAGUGCAACGAGGUGGACCUCGACAUCAUCGUCCUCUGGAAGGCAUUUGUUGUUGAAGACAACAAGCAGGUGAUCUUGGAAGGACAGCUUCAUGUGGCACUACAGACCAUUGGCAAAGAGGCCUGCUCCCUCAGACAGAAAGAGGAGGCUCAAGAGAUGGUGCUGCUGAAGUUUAAACCAGAGCUUCCUCCUCCUAUGACACGGCCCUCCAUGGAACAGCUCUCCCACCUCAUCAAGACCAACCUGCACUACCCCGAAAGCUACAGCCACUCCUUCGUACAGAAGAGUCUCUGUAUGGUUCCAGUCAUUUUGACUCUAUCUAACUGCUCCCUGGCUCAAGUUGAUGCCAUCAUUGACCUUCGACACAAAACUACCAGUCCUGAGUCUUUUGAGGUGCAUGGUUCAUUUACAUGGCUGGGCCAGACUCAAUACAAGCUGCAGUUGAGGGCACAGGAAGUGAUGCGGCUGCCGUUGAGAGCCGGCUUCCUGCAUGCGGGCGUCUAUAACCUGGGAACUCCACGGGUCUUCGCCAAGCUGGCGGACCAGGGAGCCAUGUGUGAGACCAGCCAGCAGACUGCCACGCCUGCACUAAUCAUCAUUAACAGCACCUGAACAUUGUCCUGCCCCCCAUCCUCAACUAAUUAACCACCAUCUGUCAAUCAUCACUAGUAAGACUCCCCAUUGGUUGGCAACAACAGGGUUGAGAGCUCAGAGACCCACCCAGCAAGAAAUAUAUUCCAAAUCCCACAUCACCCGCUCUUUACGAUCAACAAUGCUUGAACACUGGGCUGUCUUCAUUAGGCAUAAACCUGAAGAAAACAGGGAGGGACUACUUGAAAGGCUAUUUUUCAUUUUCUGUUGCAAAAGGUUUCCCUACAGUGUGCCCUAAUGAUUAGGAUCCUAAUUCUGCCUGCCCGCCCACCCAACAAUAACCAAUGAACAAUUAUCUGCAAAUCACCACUACCAAGGCUCCCCAUUGGUUAAGAAACUGUUGAAAGCUCGGAACCAGCUACCAAGCAGAAAUAUCUUUCCACCAAGUCUCAAAUCAUCCACUCCACUCCCUAAAAAUUUGAACCAUUUUUCCAAACUAGUACACUCAAUACUGGACUAAGGAAAGCAGUUUUGAUGUAAGAUGUAUUUAAAAAAUAUAUAUAAAAUGUUUGAAUGGAAUUGGGCAUCAAUUGAGCUUGUAACCACUGCGAUGGUCAGACUGUUGUUAAAUAAACCCCCCAGUAGCUAUGUUAUGUCCCAGCAACAAAGCAAAGCAUCAUGGACUUACAUGUGGAAGAAGGAUCUGUUGUCUCUCUGUGUAUUAUUCCUCUGUCAUCUCAGCUGAUGCACUUUGGUUUUGACCUUUUUAUUUGAUGAAAUUGACCUGUGAACGGGGAGGAGAACAGACACGCUGUUGCCGUCUGAGUUUACAUCUGUCUCCUACGACACUGGUGUCGUCUGAGUUUACAUCUGUCUCCUACGACACUGGUGUCGUCUGAGUUUACAUCUGUCUCCUACGACACUGGUGUCGUCUGUCUACCGCCAGAGAUUUAUUUUUAUUUUUAGUGUUGAACAACUAAACGCAUGUUGUUGAGCAUUUGUCACCGUGGCGACAGAUGUCAUUUACUUCUUGGAUUAACCAGGAUGAGAAAGUAGGAAAAACUGCCUCUGCCUCAAUGAGACUGACCAUGACCAGGGUUUUCUGUUGUGUGGUCACAUGGACCAGACCAUCAGCACAUCACAAACAUUUUAGAAUAUGACCCAGCGUUUAACCACUAUACUACAGUAUGUGACUGACAAACAAACUGACUGAGAGGUUCUAAUACAGAUACUGCCUGCCCACCUGUCUGUGAGCUUGUAGUCCAUCUGGACUGACCGUGCUGUCAGUCACCACGUGCACACAUUUAGUUUUCUACAAAACAAACCAACGUAUGAACCAGUAAAGUCAACAUGAUCCCUAUACAUCUCCCUCAUUGGACCUCCACCUUGUGCUCAAGCUGUUAUUUAAAUGUAUGUAUUUACUCAAAUGCUUUUCAGAUUAUGUAUUAUAUUUAUAACAAAUUUACUGUAAAUAGAAAUAAAAAUGUUACCAAUGA